AUGAUGUCCAUUUGGCAAUAAGCUAUCGUUGUUUUUCAAAAAAACUUCACUAUUUACUAACAAGAGCGUUAAUACAGACAAGAGUUCUUUGUGGCUCUUCUUGUUUUUAUUAUCCUCCUUGUUGGAAGUAAGAAUAUACAGCAUAUCCUUUUUUAGAAGAAACAUCAAGUUCAACACUCCUUUAAAUUGGAGCUGAAUUUUUACCUAUGACUCUUUUGAUAAGUUCAAGAUAUAUAGUCACAUCAAUGAUAUCAGAGAAGAGUGAUAGAUAAAAGGAGAUCUAAAAAGUAAUCAUUUUUCAUCAUUAUUCUUUAGAUCAUGGGCUUAAAACAAUCAGCAUAUUAAUUAGGUUGGUUCCUAUUCAACUUUGCUAGAAUUAUGGCUGUCUCUAUCUUCUUUCUUGUUCUAGCUGUACCUACAGGAUGCUUUGGACCUUCAGAAGAGAUAAUCAUAAUAGACAAUGAACCACUGACUAUCUACUACUUUAGUCCUAUUUAGAUUAUUGGUAGUUAUCUUCUUUAUGCAAUUGGAUUAACAGCUUAACAAUAUUUCUUAACAACAUUAUUCGACCAACCAAAAAAUGGUGCUGAUUUAUCAAUGCUAUUAAACAUUUUUGGGUCUGUGUGUUCAGCAUUACUUAGUAUCCCAUAUUUUUAAGCGUACUCUUCAAUAUUUAUUAUAGUCAUUCCUGGAUUGUAAUCUUAUUUGGUGUUAUUUUUCCAACAUUUUUAUUUGAUAUAUAUCCAUACAAUCAAAUUCUAGGAACUAUUAAUAAAGGUACAAUACCAGCCUUAGACCCUUCAUUGUAUUUUGGAUUAUAAGGAGCAGAAAUAUUUUUCUAUGGGAUUUUAUAUUUAUAUUUAGAAUAAGUUCUGUCAAAUGAAUAUGGAACAAAUAAACAUCCUUUGUUUUUUCUUGGAAAAAAAUAUUCAAUUUAAGAAGAGUAGGUUUCAAAUUAGUUUGAAUUACCUAACAUGAACAAACCCUUUAUCGGUUCAAGAUAAUCUGAAAUAUAGGAAGACAAUAGUUCAGCUAUAUAUCAUGAAGUUUUUGAUAAUCCUAAAUAAGUGAAAGUAAUUAUAAAAUUAUAUGAAUUUAGAGAGCUAUAUCAAUAAAGCAUGUGAAGAAAAGCUUUAAUGAUCUUAAAGCAGUAGAUGGUGUAACAUUAUAAAUAUAUGAUUCAUAAAUUCUUUGUUUAUUAGGACAUAAUGGAGCAGGAAAGACUACUCUCAUUUCUAUAUUAACAGGUCUAAUUAAAAGAGAUAGUGGAUCCAUAACAUAUUAUGGAACAGACACAGAUUUUGAUGUUAUUAGAAAUUAUUUAGGAUUUUGUCCAUAAAAAGAUGCUCUCUAUGAUAGUUUAAAUUGUGAUUAACAUUUAUACUAUUAUGGAAGAUUAAAAGGAAUAGAUGAGAAAGAACUACAAUUAGAAAUAGAUUAGAUUAUUAAUAAAUGUGAUCUUACUAAUGAUAGAAUGAAAUUAGCGAAAUAAUUGUCAGGAGGAACAAGAAGAAAAUUAAGUUUAGCUAUCUCAUUGAUAGGAUAAUCUAAAGUUGUAUUUCUAGAUGAACCUACUUCUGGAAUGGAUCCAAUUUCAAGAUAAAAGAUUUGGGACAUUUUAACAUAAGUGAAAAAUGAAGGUAGAUGUUUAGUAUUGACUACACAUCAUUUAGAUGAAGCAGAAAUCUUAUCAGAAAGAUUAGCUAUUAUGGCUAAGGGUAAAUUAUUAACUGUUGGAUCAGUAGAUUUUAUAAAAUUGAAUUUUGGUAUUGGAUAUCAUUUAAGUUUAUAUGAUAAAACAAACAAUCCAUAAGUUUGGAAUGAGAAAAGUAAGAAAAUUGUAAAUAUUGUUUAAUAAUUCAUUCCUCAAGCUAAAUUAAGUACUCAAACAUCUUAAGAUAGUAUGGGAUUCUAGGUUCCUUUUAAACAUAAAGAUAAAUUCCUACCAUUAUUUGAAUAAUUAGAAAGAGAUUAAUCUAUUUAAGUUAAUUUAAUGAUGAAUACUCUAGAAGAAGCAUUUAUAAAUAUAGGUAUGGAUGAAGAAUCUUUUCUUAAUAAAGCAUCAGGAAAAUAAAUAUCAAAUGAAGAUUCUAAAAUCAACAUUGACAUAACUGAAGAAUUCAAUAAAAUCAUACCUCCAGAAUGUUUAAGUAGACCACCAUAAUAUAAUUUUGGAUUGUAACUUUGGGCAUGUUUUAUUAAAAAACAUUAUACAAUGACAGCCAAAAGAUAUCUAAUGUGUGUAUUUAUGCCAUCAUUUUUUGCUGUUCUAGCUCCUGUCGUUUCAAAAAUUACAUAUAAUGUAAUAUAACCAACAUUAGAUAGUACAACAAAUACAACAUUAGUUUAUGGUUAAUUUGCCUUAAUUGAUACAUAUGUCUAUAUAUUGUUAGGUGUAUCAAUGGCUAGUUCUUAAAUUGGUAGUGCUCCUGUUGAAGAAAGGGAGAAAAAGUAGAAAUAUGCUUUAAAUGUGAUGGGAUGCAGAACAUUACCAUAUUGGUUAGGAUAUUAUUUUUAUGAUAUCACUAUUUGUAUCCUUGUGUUGGUUAUAUUUAUUAUAGCAGUAAAUAUUUGUGAUGUUUAAGUAAUUAAUAAUGGAAAUGUUUAUGGACUUGUAUUUUGUUGUUAUUUAGCAUAUUUACCUCUUGGUUAUAUAUUGUCAUGGUUAUUUACAUAAUUCUUAUCAGCAGUAAGAUCCUUAAUAUUGAUUCAAUUAUUUGGAUUCUUUAUGAUUGCUUCAGUAAUUUAUGUAGUUAGCUUUAAAGUUGAUAUUGUUCUUUGGAUUUUAUCAUUUUUAUGUCCUUCAUUAGCAACAUUUAGUGGAUUCAUUACUGUAUAUAAUAAAAUUGCCAAUGACAAUUAGAUAUAUAUAAAUACACCAUUUUAAAAUGUUUAUCCAUUUGUCUUUAUGAUUAUCAUGAUCUUGUAAGCAUGUCUCUAUCUUUUCAUAACUUAUUUGAUUGAUAACAGAGAAUUGUUAGGUGCAAAUUCUGGAGGUGUUUUAAGUGUGAAUUAGGAUGAAGAUGUAAUUUAAGAAGAAAGAAGAGUUGAAAUUUAGAGUUGCUAAGAUAGAGUGAUUGCUAGAAAAAUAUCAAAGACAUAUGCUAAUGGAUUCUAAGCAGUUAAGGGAACAUCAUUUGGAAUAGAACCAGGAUAAAUAUUUGGAUUAUUGGGUCCUAAUGGAGCAGGUAAAUCAACUACUUUUAAUAUGAUUACUUCAAAAUUAAAACCAUCAACUGGAACUAUUUUAUUAGAACAUUAAGAAGUUAAAAAAGGUUUAGGAGAUGUCUAUUAGAAUGUUGGAAUUUGUCCUUAAUUUGAUAGUCUAUAUGAUAUAGUUAAUGUUAGAAGACAUCUACAAAUUUGGGCUUAUUUAAAAGGUUUGAGAGGAGAAGAUGUAAAUUUAACAAUAGAAUAUUUUAUGAAAGUGAUGUAAUUAACAGCCUAUGAAAAUACAUUGGCAUCAUAAUUGAGUGGAGGAAAUAAAAGAAAAUUAUGUGUUGCAUUGGCUUUGAUGGGUGGAACAAAUAUGUAAUUUUUUGAUGAACCAUCAUCUGGAGUUGAUCCAAUUGCAAGAAGAUUUUUAUGGAAUGCAAUUUAAUAAGGAGUUAAAUUAAGAUAAAGUUCUGUUAUUUUAACUACACAUACUAUGGAUGAAGCUGAAAGUCUUUGUAAUAAGAUUGCUAUAUAAGUUAAUGGUAGAUUUGCAUGUUUAGGAUCAGUUCAACAUUUGAGAUCUAAAUUUGGAGAUGGAUAUAGAGUUUUAAUUGAACCAACAAAUAAUAUAGUAAUUUUAAAUAUAAUUAUUUUUAUUAGGAUAAUGGAGAAGCCAUUAUUUAAGAGAUCACAAAAUAUUUUGGGAAUAUAUAUAUUAUGAAUGAUAUACAUACAAACAAAAUAAUUUGUAAAUUCCCUUUGAAAGGAUUUUAAUUCCAUUAGACUUUUUAUUUCUUUUAAGAAAAAUUACAAAAGGAAUUGAAAUUGAUUAGAGAUUUCUAAAUAAGUCAACCAAAUUUGGAAUAGAUCUUUAUGCAAUUUGCUGCAUAAUAAAUAAUAGAGCCUGAAGUAUAAAAAUAAGAACCUCCAGGUCGUUGUCAUGUAGUCGCAUUAUGUGGUAAUGAUGAAGAUGAUUGA